UUUUAUAAGAAAAAUAUAAGUCGAUUACACGCCAAAAAAGUCAAAAGCUCUCAACGCAAAUGAAGUGCAAAAAUUUUUGAUCGAAGCUCCAGAUGAGCAGUAUUUAGCUGUAAAGGAUGUUUAAAUAUUGGGAGUUUCUGGUGCUCUGCGUUCUGAAGAAUUUAUCAAUAUUUCUAAUAAUGAUAUUGAAAAUCGAGGAGGAUUACUUUUAAUCAAAAUUAAUAAGACGAAAACACACACUACUCGUUCUUUUACAAUACCGGAAGAAUUUAACGAAACUUUUGAAAAAUAUCGAAAAUUACGCCCGCCAAAUGCACCCGAGAGAUUUCUUCUAAACUAUCAAAACGGCAAAUGCACGAAACAAGUCAUCGGAAAAAAUAAAAUUGGCUAAAUGGUAAAACAAAUUGCAACAUUCUUGCAAUUGCCUAACGUUCAUCUUUAUACCGGACACUGUUUCCGUAGAACCUCAGCAACUUUGUUAGCUGCAUCAGGAGCGAGUGCAACAGAUCUCCAACAACAUGGUGGCUGUAAAUCAAUUCAAGUUGCGACCGGUUACAUUGAAGAUUCAAUCCAUACGAAAUCAAAGAGAGGAUCCCUCAUUUCAAAGUCUAUAAAUCUACCCUCAACAAGUAAAGAUUCAAAUGAAAUUUUAAAUUCUGAGGUGCCAAUGAAAAAAGCAAAAAUCGAUGAAAAUCCGACAAACGCAACAAACUCAAUUAAACAAAUUGAACCUGAAUUAGUAUCUGAUGUUCUGAAUAAAUCCUUUUUACUACAGAAUUGCAAUGUUACCAUAAAUAUUUAUCAAAAGUAACAAGUGUUGUAACGUUUUUAGUACUUUAAUCUUUAAAAAGAUAUUUUUCUAUAAAAUGUUGUAAAUAUAUAUGUUUUUUUCACAAUUGCAGUAUUACUAGGGGAGAGGGCCCCAAGAUGGACAUUUCCUAUAAAAUUUUUGUUUAAAGUGACAGCAUCUUCUCAAUUUUUUUAUUUUUGUUGUUUGUAUAGACGAAGAUUUUUAUGCAUAUUUGAAAAAUAAAACCAGUUUUUUUUCUACUGCGCAUAUCACCUGAAUUUUUUGUCAAAAAAAGUU